CCUGGGGCGUGAGUUUACUCCAGCUAACUCCAAAACAGCUGAAUACAGGGGGGCUGAAAGAGACACUAUAGCGAUCCUUUGCUUGAGGAGGGGCAUAAAACCACACUUCAGGUGCUUGUUUAACAGCUUUUAUAAGGAGAUCUCCGCUGGAUCUCCCUCACUGCGCUCCGCCCGGUGCUUGAGGACAGAAGAUGCCCAGGCAGUUUUUCUGCCCAGUGUUCGGCUCGUCACUGUGGUUGGCACUGAUACUCCAGUCUCUCAUUUCCUCCGCCGUUACCUACAGAAGACCAGUGUCUGGGGGAAAGAGACAGAGCUUUCUGGAAAGGACCUUGAUUUUACUGGACGUUAAUACUCGGAGCCCGGUCAAAGUUUUGAAUGACAACUUCCUCUCAUUGCAGUUGGAUCCGUCUAUUAUAAAGGAUGGUUGGCUGGACUUCUUAAGCUCCAAGCGUUUAGUCACUCUGGCACGGGGACUCUCUCCAGCUUAUUUGAGGUUUGGGGGCAAACGGACUGACUUUCUCCAGUUUCAUAACCUGAAGAAUCUAGCAAAGUUUAGAGGGCCUGGACCAGACUAUUACCUCAAAAACUAUGAAGAUGACAUAGUGCGCAGUGACUUCGCUCUGGACAAACAAAAGGGCUGCAAGCUGGCCAGCCACCCAGACAUGAUGCUGGAACUACAGCGGGAGAAAGCAGCUCAGAUGCAGCAGGUCUUGCUGAAAGAACAGCUUUCCAACAUCUACAGCGAUGUCACAUUAACAGCCAGGUCUUUAGACAAACUCUACAACUUUGCCGACUGCGCAGGACUGCACCUGAUCUUCGGCCUGAAUGCCUUGCACAGAAACCCAGACAACUCGUGGAAUGCAACCAGUGCUCUGAGUCUGCUCAAAUACAGCGCCGGCAAAAAAUACAACAUCUCCUGGGAGCUUGGCAAUGAGCCCAACAGUUACCGUAUAAUGGCUGCUCGGUCAGUCAACAGCUCUCGUCUGGCUCAGGAUUACACUCUUCUGAAGACGUUACUGCAGUCGGUGCGUUUCUACAGCCGAGCGAACCUCUACGGGCCAAACAUCGGCCGUCCUCGCAAAAACGCAAUCCUCUUACUAGAUGGGUUUAUGAAAAAUGGCGGUUCUGUGGUUGAUGCUGUAACGUGGCAACAUUACUACAUUGACAGACGGGUGACCAAAGUGGAAGACUUUAUGAAGACGAGACUUCUGGACACCCUGUCUGAGCAGAUUACAAAGGUUUUGAAGAUUGUUCAGACUCAUGCUCCAGAGAAGCAUGUGUGGCUGGGUGGAGUUGGUCCGGCUUGGGCAGGAGGCACCAAUAAUUUAUCCGACACAUUUUCUGCUGGCUUUCUGUGGCUUAACACUCUUGGCAUCGCUGCAGCUCACGGGAUUGAUGUUGUUCUCCGACAUUCGUUCUUUGACUAUGGUUACAACCACCUGGUGGACCAGAACUUCAACCCUUUACCUGAUUAUUGGGUAUCUCUGCUCUUCAAACAUCUGGUGGGCCCGAGGGUGCUGGCGGUGCACGUUGCAGGUCUCCAGAGAAAACCUCGUCCCGGACGGGUCAUCCGGGACAAACUCCGCAUAUAUGCCCACUGCACCAGCUUUCACAAUCACGAUUAUGUCAGAGGGUCCGUAACCAUCUAUAUCAUCAACCUUCAUCGCUCACGGAAGAAAAUCAAGCUGGCCGGGACUUUACGAAAUAAAACUGUCCACCAGUAUCUGUUACAGCCCUUCGGCACAGAAGGACUUCAAUCCACGUCUGUGCAGCUGAACGGAGAGCCCUUGCGCAUGGUGGAUAAUGAGACGUUCCCUGAGCUGAAGCCUAGGACGCUGCGGGCUGGCAGAACGAUAGCCAUGCCUCCUGUAUCUAUUGGUUUCUACGUCAUCAAGAAUAUUAACGCUUACGCCUGCCGCAGAUAACACACACUGACCGACCUCAGCACAUCUUCUGUUCAAUGCACCAGCCCCUCGUGGCACUCUCCUGUUUUAGAAGAAAGACCCCUUCGUUCAAGCAAGGGUUGCACUGAAUGCUUCCAACAACAUUUCUCCUCUUUUGAAUCCACAGGAACAGCUGGACUUGUGGAAAGUGAAUGUAUUUCGGUUGCUCUGUUGUGAUUUGUUUUUGUUGCUUUUAAUUGCAGAAGCUUAUAAUGAAGUCUGGUGGUUCUUCAAUCAUAGCAGUGUCACUGAGAGCUUUAUGGUAUGAUGUUGAGGAUCAUCUUAAGCUACAAACAUGAGGUAAUCAGUUAGCACAUCCCGGCUGAAUCUGACUUGAUUUUCAGUUUUGCUUUUUGAUACACAAUUAAAAAUAAGGCCGGUUUUUACAGAAUUGCCACAGAACCGAUCUUGGUUCCCCAAAGAAUCUUUCAGCCAGCAGGUCUUGCUGUAUAAACAUUUAUAUAUUAGAGUGAAGAAUGUUAUAAUGAACUAAAAAACCUUUUUGACUUUAAUAUUUCAUGCAUGUCAAUGGCUCCUAAUGGAACUAUUGAUUCUAAUUAAGAAGCUUUACUCUAACUGUGCAUUCACAUCGAAAGCGGCGAGAUCGUCAGUCGCUGGAAGUCAUUCAUUUUCAAUGGGAGCCAGCGGCUAUAGGUGGCAUGGUGCGUCUUUGCCGGUGUGAGCGUCGAGAAGAGUUGAAAUCAAGUCAACUUUAUGCUUAUGAGUAGGCCCACACGGAAUCUGCGCGCGCAGAAUUCAGCAGAUUUUUUGCAGAUUUUUUUGCAGAUUUUCCACAGAAUUCCGCAGAU